AUGCGUCCGCUGCGAAAGUCGAGCGAAGGCCCUGAAGUCGUUCAACCAGUUUACCCAGAUAAAUAUGCUAUCUGUGAAAAACUUGAAAAUGCUAGAAUUGGAAGGUGGACCCAGUCUCAGAAACAAGUCGAUCCAUACCGAGUGGAAACCAGACAUUUCCCAUCUCCGAUGCCCAAUUUGCCGUCGAACAUCGUGCCGGAUAGAGUGGAGAGAAUAAGAACGAAAAGGAAAACUUUUGGCUUCAUUACCACAGUCAUACUAGUCAUUAUUGCGUUCCUGAUUGGCGGAGGAAUCGGCGGUGGUGUUGGCGGAGCAAUGGUCGCGAAGGAGGUAUCAAAAGAUAGACCUGUCACUUCCACCACAACAAUCAUGCCAACGGCAACGAUCAUAUCUCCCCCCAGCACAACGACGAUGAUACAAGAUGCCGCGUUGUGCCCCUUGGUACACAAAACUCUCUACAACUCGACAGUCCCAGGGAAGAAAUUUCUCCAGGUCUGCGAAACCAAUUAUCUCCCCGCGGAUGGACAAACGAUAGACAUCAAGAAUCAGACCAAAAGUGGACUUCAGCCAUGUCUCGACUUUUGCGCCCAGACAGAUGGGUGCAUCGCCGCUAGCUGGGUCAUGUUUUCCGCGGCAUCCCCACUUCAAAACUCUGUGUGCUUUUUGAAGAACAAUUUUGGUGUGCAAACUUCAGCAGACGGCAUAGGGCAGGUGGCAAGCGGAUAUCUACAACCAUGA